GUACACGUGCAUGUGUGAGUACGUGUGUGAGUACGCGUGUGUGUGCGAGUAUGCGUGCGUGUAAGUACGAGUGUGUGUGAGUACACGUGUGUGUGUGAGUACGCGUAUGUGUGAGUACGUGUGUGUGUGUGAGUGAGUAGGAGUGUGUGAGUAGGAAUGUGUGUGAGUACGUGUGUGUGUGAGUAAGUGUGUGUGUGUGUCAAUGUGUCUUUGGAAACAUUUGAAACAUUUAGAAACAUUUAGGCUGGUCUGCCUACGAUCCAUCCUGGGUUUAACCAGGCUGGAUUGUGUGAGGAGCUCACAAAUCCUCGAAAGAUCUGGGCAAAGUCCCAUCGGUGAGCUCCUCCGGCAGGCAAGGCUGCGCGUUGGCUGGGUCAUGUAGCCCGCAUGCCCAGCCACCGCAUGCCUAAACAGCUUUUGUUCGGCCGGAUCGAGGGGGCUAAACGGGAGCGGCACGGGCUGGAGAAGAGAUGGAGUGACGUGGUACAGGAGGACGUGGAGCUGAGUGGACUUGCCGAUGACUGGUACCAGCGGUGUCAAGAUCGGCCUCAGUGGAGGAGGCUCGUGAAGGACGCUACUGCGCAGUUGGAGGCAGUCGCCCUCCGACAACAACGGAGGGCGGAGGAGCGACGCUCACAACAACGAGCAGAGUGCCGUGUGGCUAAAGCACAGCAAGUUGGCACAGUAGGGGGCACAGGUGGUGCAUCAGCCAGUCAUCUCGGUCAUCUCGGUCAGUCGACCCGUGGCACCUGCUGGGUCUGCCCCGUGACCUCCUGCCAGCGGGCGUACGACACUUCACGUGGCCUCAAGGUGCACUUGGCCUGGCACAAGCGUCGUGGUGACGUCACCGCCACUUAGUGGCGAAUUUCGGUUGUUGUUGUUGUAAAUGGGGGGGCGGUAGAGUAGCGGUUAGCGCGCUAGGCUAUGCACCCGUUGACUUGAGUUCGAUUCCCGCUCACGGAUAUCUGAGCCUCCACGAUGCUCAACUCAGCCUCGAAAUGAGUCCCUGGUGCCAUGUGUAGACAUCACCACGAGGAAGACCAGGGCGGCCGGGCGUGCUUCUACCAAAACCACCCCCUCAGUAAUAAGCGCUCGCAAGCAGCGCUUUCCGCCACGGUCUGCGUGCAAGUAUACCCAAGAACCACCAGCAGCCUCCCACGCUCUUCCAACCACCACCAAAACCAUUCAAUUAUCCCUCUGCCACCACCACCGCCACCACCUCCACCGCCACGUUCCAGACCUGGUUGCACGCAGGAGGCGGUGAUGGGGGAGUGCGGGCGAGGGGAGCUGUGUGGGGGGUACGUGAGCGCCCGGGGUCUCCCCGUGGACCCCUUCAUGUGUCCCCGCGAAGGGGAUGAACCGGCCCACGUGCACUGCUGCGGAUUCGCGGACUUAAAGUACUGCUGUGGUGACCCGAUCAGCUACUACGAGUACGACUACACCUACAUGCGCGCGCUCAGCAUCGGCCUGCUGCUCGCGCUGAGCGUGGUGGCGCUCACCCUCAUGGCGUUCGUGGUGAGCGUCUGCGCCCUCUGCUUCCUCUUCCACUGCACGAAGCCCAAGACGGCGCUGCGCCACGGCCUGGCACUCGAGGCUGGAACCCGCGAGGGGGGCAGCAUCAACCCGGCCCCCCACGGCCCGCUGGGAUCUCCGCUGUUCAUGCGCAGCACUCGCAAUCAGCCCAGGGGCCCCCCAAUCGGGGUCACCCCAUGCAAGCCCCCCAGCAACAACAACGCCAACAACAAUAACACGAGCUCUAACAACACGAACCCCAACAUCCACCCGACCCCCAUCAGCAACAUCCCUUACACUAACCCCAACCCUAAUCAUAACCCCAGCAAUAUUCAGAACCCGAAUAUCACUAACACUAACAACACCAACAACCCCAACGCCAACAUUCAACAGCAUCUACCGUAACCCCAACAAGCAUUAACCCAUCAAACACCCUCACGUCGAUAACGCGACACUUACUCCAUCGAUGAUCCUCACUCGCACGCGUCCCUCUCGCUGUAUCUCAGUGUCAUUCCACGUGGCCGUGCGCACUGUUCAGUUUGCGUUACACGGCCAUCGUCAGUGUCCACGUUCUGAUCCGCACGUCACGGCGGGGCGGGUCCGUGGCAGAGCGCACGGAGUGAAAACUCUCUCCUUGGAGGCCCUUCGCUCUGUCGCUUCCUAUCGUGGAGCUCGGCUCCACCAAACCUCUCCACCACGCGGCUCUCGGCCGCUUUGAUCCCGGGCACCCUUCAGUAUCCGCCCUGGGUACACACACACGCGUACUGCUCUGCUUACAGUCGUGUCUCUCCAACGAUUUAACUUUGGCCACCAAAAUCGCCCCUUACCACGUCUCGCGCUGCCACAGGCGAUCUGAGACGGUGACACGUGCCAUGGGUAUUGAGCCUUGUCUCCGGGUUGCGUUCUAAGAGGCGCGCUUGCUCUCCCUGUUUUUUUGAUGGCAAAGGUUGGGCAGUGCAUUAUAUUCGUAUGACAAUUUUUUACGUGCGUAUUAUAAUCCGGUGUAAGUGUAUCUGUGUGCGAGUACAGAUCUGUUAAAACUGCAUUGGCACCGACACUGGGCGCAGAUGUGGGGUGCGUCUUACUUUCGGGGGCGUCGUAUAAUCCGGACAGUACGAUACAUUUUUCAGCAUUGGGAUGUUGCUUUGGCCAAUAGUAGUUCCACUGUGUGGGGGGGUUUUGCUAUAGGAGGAGGAAAUCGGAGAUCCCGGACGAAACCCACGCAGAACAGGGGGAGAACAGAGAAACUCAACAGAGAAAGUGACCCGAUUCGGGAAUCGAACCCAGGCUCUUGUUGCCGUGAGGCUCCAGAGUCACCGCUGCGCAGCCACCUUGCCGCAUGAGGCUAAAGUGAGUCUCAAGACUCUUUGGCAAGAGGGUCAUGCCUGCUUGGAAUGUUUGAGGGAAUUAUUUCUUUGGAGGGGGAAAUGAAGUCGUUGCUGUUAAAUUAUUAUGAUUGUUGUGGUUGUCAUUGUUGGUGCGAAUUGAAUGUCUGUAAGACAAUUGUUUAUCUCGUUUAAAAACUCGAUUGCCUGAGUUCAUCACCAUUGUCAUCAUCGUCCUCAUUACAAUCACCUUGAGAAUGAGCUCUGGGUGAUCACGAUCCCAAUCGUCAGAAUCUCUCGUGAACAUCAUCUCCAUAAAGCCCAGACAACAACAAUGAGACAAAUGUCAACAGUGUAACAAUAGGAAACCUAAAGCCAGGUAGAUGGUCGUGGUGACGAGAAUUAAACAGAGAGGGAUGAUGAUGAAGAUCUACCCCAGGCCGCUAUAGCAUUGAGAGAGGUGGUGAAGUGGACAGCAGCUUUCAAUGUCAUUGUCGGGAUUCCGCGUGUUUACCCAGGAAAGCCUCGGUGAGUCUCAAGACUCUGUUUCAGAAGGGUCCCGUCCAGUUUUCACAGUAGGGGGGGGGGGCGAUGUUGCUGCUGUAUGUGUGAUCCCAAUACAGUAAUUUGCGAUGCAAUUUUUUAUUUGUUAAAUGUGGACCAUGACGCUGGCACAUGGUGGCCUCCUUCUGCGAGUGACACAACGGGAUCUUUAACGUCUACUGUGAG